GCAAAUGGAGCUACUGACUCAUUGUAGGUCUAGUCUAGUUCCGAACUUGUUCCAGGCACUCGAAGUUGUCGUUGAUCAGUGGCGCGAGGGGGUCAAGCAUGCAUCAUCUUGCUUUAGGGACGUUGAUUUUUAUCUUUUUAUCUUUCAUCGAGUUCAAACAUUGUGUUAUCUCAUUACCCAUCUUUUUGCUUGUCUGGGAUACAUGCCAUCCGCGCUCAUCCAACUGUCAGGUCAAGUUUCAUCAGUACAUGCCCAGAUUCUACCGUGACCGCAUCAAACUCCAUUCAUUCGCCACCUUCAUCUCCGGUGGUUGAAGGUGCGCUUUCGGCGCCCACGGCCUCAUAUGACCGACCGUCAAUCAUUAUUUUCCGCCCAAGCCUGCCUUCCCUCUGCUAAACCUAGUCGGAGAUAUC